ACUGAAAUCCUAUGCAUGGCCCCUGGUUUUCAAUUUUACUUCCCCAAACCACUCUCUCUCUCUCUCUCUCUCUCUCUCUCUCUCUCUCUCUCUCUCUCUCUCUCUCUCUCUCUCUCCAUCUUUAUAUUUGUCUUUCUCUCUGUCUUUCAUUUCCUUGUUGUUGUUCUCUCUUCCUCUUUUAUAUCAACACAACUAAAUCCAAUCUCUCCAAAACCCUCUUUGAAUCUAUUUCCCUCCCCCUGUUUUCCCCUGUUUUCCUCUGUUUUACUCUGUUUUCCUCUGUUUUCUGUUUCAUUCAAUCUUUUCUCUAUUUUCUUUCAUACCCAUUUUCCAAAAUUUAAUUCUCAAUACUCUUGAUUCAUAUCAAAACUAUUCCUCUUAAAAAAUUAUCUUCUUGUUUCAUUUUCUUUAUCCGGGUCUGUUUUUUGCUCUGCUUUUGCUCUGUUUCAAUGGGGAUUGAUAGAAACUUAGGUGAUAGAAAAGGGAGAGAAUUGAGUGAAUUGCUUGAUGAGACAAAUACCAAUAACAUGAAAAUAAGAAAGAACCGGCGAUAUCGUCAGAAGAUGACGAUGUCGCCGGUUCAGAAAUUGUUUCUUGCUUGCAAACAUGUUUUUGCUAAUGCUGCUACUGGAGUUGUUCCUUCUUCUCAACACAUUGAAAUUCUUCGCUCUGUUUUAGCUGGAAUAAAACCAGAAGAUCUUGGCUUGAAACCUGACAUGCCAUAUUUCAGCAAUAUCAGUAACGAUGCAACACCAAAAAUUACAUACCUUCACAUUUACGAGUGUGAAAAAUUCUCGAUGGGAAUAUUUUGCUUGCCACCUUCAGCAGAAAUUCCUCUUCACAAUCACCCCGGAAUGACGGUUUUUAGUAAGCUUCUAUUCGGAACAAUGCAUAUCAAAUCUUAUGAUUGGGCUGUUGACUUGCCUGCUGAUGUCUCACAAACCCAGAUUCCGGAGAAAAGAUUGGCUAAAAUUAAGGUUGAUGCUGAUUUCACUGCUCCUUGCAAUCCUUCCAUCCUUUAUCCUAAUGAUGGAGGAAACAUGCAUUGUUUCACUGCAGUGACAGCUUGUGCAGUUCUUGAUGUUCUUGGUCCGCCAUACUCUGAUCCUGAUGGCAGGCAUUGCGCAUACUACCGAAGUUUCCCUUUUUCCAACUUUCCAGCUGAAGAAAUAUCCAUACCAGAAGAGGAAAAGAAGGAUUAUGAAUGGCUUGAAGAAAGAGAGAAACCUGAAAGUUUACAAGUAAUAGUGAAAAUGUACAGCAGCUCAAAGAUUGUGGAGAAUUAAUGUUGUUUUGUCAUCAUUCAUCAUAUGUUGUCUAGGGAAAUUUGGUUGUGUUUUUGUUCUUAGAUAGUAUUUUGUUUUUAUCUCUAUGGAACAUGAGAGAUAUUUGGUGUUGUUUUCAGUUAUUUUGUGUACAUACCAAAAACAGAAAAUGACAAAUUUUGCUCUUGAACUAAAAUUUACUUACAAGGUAAUGAGAUAGUUUCAUGAAAGUUGCAGAGAAGGGUUUAUAUAUAUAAAGGAAUCUUGUGCGCGCAACUGCGUAGAUGAUUAAGUUAACGAGGUAAAUGAGAUUUAUUUCUAACCAAACAAUUAAGGAAUUUGGACUUUUUUUUUAUGCAUGAGCAUGUAUUUAAAAUAAUAUUUAAAGAUUUCAACAUUGUUAA